AUGGAAGUUGAACAAAACCACCAACUGGCCUUCCUGGAUGUUUUGGUGUCUAGGCAGCGGAAUCGUUUGGACCACAAGGUAUAUCGAAAAGCCACCCACACAGACAGAUAUCUUCACAAUCUAUCUAACCACCAUCCGAGUCAGAAGCAGGGAAUCAUUAAAACUCUCACGGAUAGAGCCAGAAAAACAUGUGGGCCACGACAUCUAACUACAGAACUACAGCACCUGGAAAAAGCUUUUUUCAGAACAGUUAAUCCCAGUUGGACAUCACAAAAGCUGGUUACGGACAAAAUUAGGAGGCUCCUGAGGAAAAGUCAGUUAAAGACAGAAGACCCCCCCCUCGCAACUGCAGGAAUCUACCGGAUCCCAUGCUCCUGUGGAAGCGUCUACAUAGGAACUACUAAGAGAUCGGUAGCGACGAGAAUAGAAGAACACCGACGGAAUUGUAAACUGGGACAUGUGGAAAAGUCGGCAGUGGCGGAACACGCCCUCAGCGAUGGAAUACACAACAUCUAUUUCGGAGAGGCACAGGUACUGGCCACAACAACAGGUUAUCACCCCCGACUAAUACGAGAAGCCAUUGAAAUCCACAAACACGACGACAAUUUCAACAGAAAAGAACAGACAAUGGCGCUAAACAGGAUAUGGUUUCCAGCACUCACCAACAGCAAGAAAAAGCAACAGCUCAGGACAGGAGAGAGGAUCCAGUACACCGGAGGAUAG